GACGGGCCGCUUACGCAGCUGCCGGCGAGCCGCCGACUGGCUGGUCCCCUGCAUCCACCUCUCCCUCCCUCCUCGCUCCCUCCCUCCCGGCAGCCCCAGCCCCGGCCAGCACCCGGCCAGCCGCCUCCUGCAGGGGCUCGGGAGCGCGAGUCGGCGGCCGGGCAGGGCAGCCCACGCCAUGGAAGCCUCGGCAGGUUGCUGAUCGGGCCAGGCGGCUGCAGCGGCGACUGCAGAGGCGCUGCGCCAAGCCGGGCCGGAGCGGCGCGGGCGGCGGGACUGCGGAGGGCGAGUGGACUCAGGGUUGUUGGGAGGAGUCGAUGGCGUAAUGUACGUAACGUGUGUGGCACGGGGUCUGGCGUGGAGUGGGGCUCAGACGCUGCUCCUCCUGCACGCAAGAAGGUCCACCGCAUGACCACCCUGGCCGAGUGUCUUGGAACCCCGGCCGCUGGCCUCAGUCCCUGCUUGGAACUCAGGAGAGGGCUGUCUCUGGAGCUGGCUUGGAACCAGCACGUUGGCUGCAGAGUCCCCGUCCCUCUGCGUGGCACUGGAGGGGCUCCCGCUGACGCCUGGCCAGCAUGGGGCCUCCCCUUCCCUAAGCCCCCCAGGGCUGCCCGUGGAGCCUGUGCCCCCACCCAGGGAAGAGGCCUGGACACCUGGGCGGGAGCCAAUGGGCCCAGGUCUCCCAGCCACUUGUCAAGAGUCUCUCCAGGCGAGGAAGCUUCCUGCUGGGCCCGCCCCCAGGACAGCCAGCAGCAAGCAGAGAGCGCUUCUGCUCCGUCCACCCCAGGCCUCAUCUGCGUUCAGCCUGUGCCCCAAGUUCCUGGGAUGUGCCAAGCUCAGCAUGCGCCUCUGCACGGGCGGCUGUGGGCACGCCUGCGUGCGGCCUGGGUGCAGGGUCCGCGUUGCAGGCAGCGGCCUGAGCAUGCUUGUUCGUGGAGAGGCUGCGGUGCAUCUUGGAAUGACAUCAUGUUUGUGCGUAUCCAUGUGUCUUUCUACACGUGUGUUGGUAUGUUGGUCUGUCUUGUCUCCCCUGUAGACGGGAAGCCCAGAGCCACACGCCAGCUGAUGGUCGCCGGGACCAGCCCAGCCUAAUCUGGGGUUCCUGGUCCUGCUCCAGACCUCCAGACUGCAGCCUCUGCCCAGCAGGGAGGACAGGAGAGUGGGGAGGCGGGGGUCUGAGUGUCAGGGACCCGCUCGCUCGUAGAUAGAAGACCCAGUGCUGCGUGGCGGACAGGAGCCCCACUCCUGCUGCCCUGGCGACCCGGGGCACCCUCGCUCCGCUGGAGGACACCGGGUCGGACUGAAGUUGGAAAGCCACCCCGAGGCUCUGCUGAUCGUGACUCUGAGCUGGGGAGCAGGCACCUGUGCACCAGCCCCCUUACGUCCACUGGUAGAGGCAGUGGGGGCCAGAGCCUCGCCCGGUCCUGGGGUGUCCUGCCAAAGGGUGGUGACAGGAGAAGCCAUGCCGGGCAGCGGCCCCAAUGAGAGGAUGACAUGGCCCGGCCCGGCCCUCCCCGCGGCCCCCCCAACCCGCCCUCUCUCCUCAGCCCCCGGGACACCGCCUAUCCCGCCCCUCACCCGGACCCGCAGCCUUAUGGCCAUGUCCCUACCAGGGAGCAGACGGGCCUCUGCUGGAUCCCGCAGUGGGAGUACUUUGGGCCGGAGCGGCCUGGCCGUGUUCGCCCAGUGUCCGCAGCCGCCCGCCAGCCAGAAUGAGCACCUGCCUCUUCUUCCCGCCUCCAGGCGCACCUCUCCUCCCGUGAGCGUGCGGGAUGCCUACGGCACCUCCUCCCUCAGCAGCAGCAGCAACUCGGGCUCCUGCAAGGGCAGCGACAGCAGCCCCACGCCCAGGCGCUCCAUGAAGUACACACUGUGCAGCGACAACCACGGCAUCAAGCCGCCCACCCCCGAGCAGUACCUGACGCCGCUGCAGCAGAAGGAGGUGUGCAUCCGGCACCUGAAGGCCCGGCUGAAGGACACCCAGGACCGGCUGCAGGACCGGGACACCGAGAUAGACGACCUGAAGACGCAGCUGUCGCGCAUGCAGGAGGACUGGAUCGAGGAGGAGUGCCACCGCGUGGAGGCCCAGCUGGCCCUGAAGGAGGCCCGCAAGGAGAUCAGGCAGCUCAAGCAGGUCAUCGACACCGUCAAGAACAACCUGAUGGACAAGGACAAGGGGCUGCAGCAGUACUUCGUGGACAUCAACAUCCAGAACAAGAAGCUGGAGACGCUGCUGCACAGCCUGGAGGUGGCCCAGAGUGGCGCAGCCAAGGAGGACGGCCCCGGGGAGUCCGCCGGCGGGUCCCCCGCCCGCUCCCUCACCCGCAGCUCCACCUACACCAAGCUCAGCGACCCUGCCGUCUGCGGUGACCGCCAGCCCGGCGACCCGGCCAGCGCCUCUGCCGAGGACGGAGCUGACAGUGGCUUUGCGGCUGCCGACGACACGCUGAGCCGGACGGACGCGCUGGAGGCCAGCAGCCUGCUGUCGUCGGGGGUGGACUGCGGCCCCGAGGAGGCCUCGCUGCUGGGCUUCCCCCUGGGUCCCCGCUUCCCCGCCAGCAACACCUACGAGAAGCUCCUGUGCGGCACGGAGGCCGGCGUGCAGGCCAGCUGCAUGCAGGAGCGUGCCAUCCAGACGGACUUCGUGCAGUGCCAGCGUGACCUGGACGCCAUCCUGGAGAAAGUGGCCCAGGCCCAGGCCUGCGGGGCCGCUCCUGAGGACAGGCGCCCAGAGCCCGGGCCCCACCCCCCGGGGCCCAGAGACCCCAGCUCGGCUGUGGUGGUGACAGUGGGUGACGAGCCGGAGGCCCCGGAGCCCAUUACCCAGGGGCCCAGCCCGCAGGGGCCCGGCGCCAACCCCGACCGCGGCCUGUCGGUGAGCGUGGUGUGCCCUGUGGAGGAGGAGGAGGAGGCCGCCACGGCGGAGAAGGAGCCCAAGAGCUACUGGAGCCGCCACUACAUCGUGGAUCUGCUGGCCGUGGUGGUGCCUGCCGUGCCCACCGUGGCCUGGCUCUGCCGCUCCCAGCGGCGCCAGGGCCAGCCCAUCUACAACAUCAGCUCCCUGCUGCGGGGCUGCUGCACCGUGGCCUUGCACUCCAUCCGCAGGAUCAGCUGCCGCUCGCUGAGCCAGCCGGGCCCCAGCUCCGCCGGCGGGGGCUCCCAGCUCUGAGGAGGCCUGUCCCGGCAGCCCCCGCGGCCUGACCACUGAUUGUAGGGAUGCCGUUCGCCCCUCGCAUAUCCCCGUGGGCGUCACCUUAUUUAUUUAGUUUUGGGUUUGGAACAGUUUUUCUGUUUUUUUUUUUUUUUUUUUUUUUUUUUUCUCCCCAACGUUAGGGUCCGGGGCUGGGAGAAGGGUUGGGGGAGUAAUUCUAAGACCUCACAAGAGAGAAAGGUAAGAGAGGCCAAAGACCCGGGGUGAGGCACCCUGAGUGGACAAGCUGCAGGGGGGAAGCUGGGCGGCCCUCUGUCCACCUGGCCCUUCAGAGAGGGCGGCUCCGCUUAGGAAGUGUCCGGCUGGAUCUGUCUGGGGAGGCUCCUCCCUCUGCACCAGCCUGUCCAGCCGCUUGCCCACUCACUGCCCUCUCUCCCAAGCCACCCCGUGCCCUGCGCCCAGGUUUCUGGGCCAAUAUUAUCCCCUCGAAUGGAGGCAGCUGUGGCCCAAAGUGCAGAUAACUGACCCAAGGAUCAGAGCAGGGUCUGGAUCCCAGGCCUGGGUUGGAGCUGCAGCCUCCCCACCGGCCCGCCCGCUGGGAUUCAGAAGCACAGUCCAGGCUGAGGGCUGGGGAACAGACGUGCUGGGCUUGAGCGAGCAGAGGGCAGGGUGGGCUCUGUGUCUGUCUGUCCUCCCCGGCCCUCCCCGUAAUCUACUUUCCUCGUGGCGUUUCUGGGUGUCUGAGAUCAUUCCUCCUGUGAGAGCUGAGCCCCACCAGCUCGGUGUGCUGGGUGGGAACACUCCCCCCAGACAAGGCCCUAUCUGGAGAAUCCACCAGCAGGAAAGGGGGCAGGGGCAGGGUGGUCCAGGGAGCCCCUGUACCUUCUGAGAUGAAGCCAUCUCAGCUGCUGCCUGCGAGGCACGGCCGGACUCAGGAAUCCCCGGCCAGUUUGAAAAGCUGGAGGCCAGGCGGCCCCUGGAGCUAGCCCCGGGUUUCUCUGGGGACCUCGGGCCCAACUUCUUCCUUGCACUAUAUUCACUUUGGGGCUUGGUUCUCCCUCAUCCCAGGACCUCCAGUGCGUGAGGUGGCUGCUGUCUUUCUGGGGUGAGGCUUCUCGUGUCUUCAACCUGUCUGCCUC